AUGGAUCCUCUGUCUAUAUCCAGUGGCGUUGCGGGUCUUGUUUCCCUUGGACUUACUGUCUGCAAAGGUAUCAAUACCUUCUGCCAAGAUUACAGGUCACGCGACUUUGAUCUCAUCAACCUCACGGAGCAUGCACAAAGACUAGAUUCGUUCCUUCAGCUGAUACAAACUCGGUUGCAAGCAAGUCAUCACAUCGACUCAGCGCUGUCAAUGUCCUUAAGAAACUGUUUCGACGCCUGUCAGGGAUGCAUUCAGGAAUUUGAAAUCCUAGCUAAAGAGCAAACUCGGUCACGAGGGCCAAGAGAACUCAAGGAGUAUGGAAAAGAUGCCGCGAGACAUUUGCUGUAUCCCUUGCAAAAGGCCAAGUUCGACAGACUAAAGGCAGAAAUGCAAGGGUUCUACACCGCAAUGACAAGUUAUUUGCUCCUCCUUAACCAGUAUGUCGUAAGAUUUCCCCACUGGAGCACUCGAUUAGUUCUAAUGUGGUUUCCAGUGACCUUACCAAUGAGCUACGAGAAGCUGCGAUUUCCGAAUCCGUCAAAAUGGUUUCUCUAA